CACCAGGCACGUCAUCAAAGAAGCAGCCAAGAAGAGCUGCUUCAUUUGCUACAAGAUGGGGGCCAGCAUCACCUGCUGUGAGACGGGCUGCGACCGCACCUUCCACCUGCCCUGCGCCCCAGACGGCGAAUGUGUCACCCAGUACUUCGGGGCCUACAGGUCCUUCUGCUGGGAGCACCGCCCACAGCAGGCAGUGCACGCUCGUCCAAGCCAGGACAACACCUGCAGCAUCUGCCUGGACACCGUGGAAAACAGAAUCUCCUACAAAACCAUGGGCUGCCCUGCAUGCCAAGACGCCCGCUUCCACCGGCAGUGCAUCCAGAGACUGGCUCUGCACGCUGGCAUCGGCUUCCGAUGCCCGUGUUGCCUGAACCAAGAGCCAUUCAUGAUGGAAAUGCUCACCAUGGGGAUCCGACUCUCCAAGAGGUUGGGUUUUCUCCUCCCAGCUCACAAGGUACCCCCAUCAAGGGAGAGUGUCCAAGCAGUCACACCCUUAGGUCAGAGGCAUGGCCGCUGCGAUGCCGAAACGUGCCUUUGUCCAGGAGGCAGGGAGCACGCGGAGGAAGAGGGACCCUGGCAACUGAGGCUGUGCAGCUCCUGCGCUGCCGAGGGCACCCACAGACACUGCUCCUCUUUGGGGAACAGCACCUACUCCUGGGAGUGCCACACCUGUGCUGGCACGGAGACUGGCUCCACUGGCAAACCAGAGCUUGUCAGCCCCAGCACUUCCAGCCAGGAAUUAUCAAUGCCCUCCCAGGGUGUGUUGCUCCUCAACAGCAGCUGCUUCCUUCGCCCUCGGCAGGCCUUGAAGCGGCGCUACCCUGAGGAAGAAAUACCAUCACGGACAACGUACAGCCCUCCUGCAAAACGCCGCAGGAUCGAUGAUGGCCCAGCCCACAGUGCCAAUGACAGCAGCCCCAGCACUUCCUUACAGGCAGCGUCGAGGCUGCCUGAAGGCGCUUUGGCCAUCAACAGUCAGGCAGCACGGCCACGACGUCCAUACAGGCCUCCAUGGCUCUUCCACAGAUCCACAACAGACAACCGCUCCCAGCCUGGGCCAAUUCGUAUGAGACAUGUCUGGCGGCAACAACACCGGGCCAAAAAGCCCUACUGCCGGCCAUGA